CCAGGUGCACGGGGCGGGGGACGGGCCGCUCUUGUGGGGACCUUUCCUGGCUCAGACACGCCCCGGGGCGCUGCCUCCUGCCCCAGCAUGGACGAGGAGCAGGCCAGAGAGCUGCUGGGGUUCCUCCGCCUGGACACGCGGCCUGAUCUAAAGGGCCAGGCCACAGGCUACGUCCUGGGGCUAACGGGCAGUGCGGAGGGGCGGACGCUGCUGGCAGGCAGGCCGGAUUUCCUGGAGGCUCUGCUGCUGCUGACGGGUGACCGCUCCUUGGCCGUGGUGAAGGACAGUUACCACUCGCUCAUCAACCUGUCUGUGGCCGUGGCCAGCCACAGGGUCCUGGCUAAGGAGCUGCCAGUGCUGCUGCACCGCCUGCUGGACCCGGGCUACGCCUUCGCCGACCAGGUCUGCACCCUCCUCUCCAACCUGUCCCGGGAGGAGGGCACCUGCCGCCAGGUUUUCCAGGCCAUGCAGGAGGAGGGGCUGGGGCUGACCCAGGUUGUGGAGGUGUUCUGCACCGAGGACUACAACAAGAAGGCAGCCCUGCACUACCUGGCCCCCCUGCUCUCCAAUCUGACUCAGCUGCCAGAGACCCGGGAGUUCCUGCUGGACAGAUCCAGGUGCGUGGUGCAGAGGCUGCUGCCCUACACACAGUACGAGGCCUCCGCCAUCCGCCGAGGGGGGGUGAUCGGGACGCUCAGGAACUGCUGCUUCGAGUACAAGUACCAUGAGUGGCUGCUAAGCCCCGAGGUGGACCUGCUCCCCUUCCUCCUGCUGCCGUUGGCGGGCCCUGAGGAGUUCCCUGAAGCAGAAAUGGAAAGGCUGCCCGUGGACCUGCAGUACCUGCCACCGGACAAGCAGCGGGAGAAGGACCCCGACAUCCGGAAGAUGCUGCUGGAGGCAGUCAUGCUGCUCACAGCCACCAAGGCCGGCCGGCAGCUGGUGAAGGAGAAGGGCACCUACCUGGUCGUGCGGGAGCUCCACCAGUGGGAGACGGAGCCCGACGUCCAGGCUGCCUGCGAGAAGCUGAUCCAGGUGCUGAUUGGGGAUGAGCCAGAGCCCGGGAUGGAGAACCUGCUGGAGGUGAAGAUCCCCGAGGACGUGGAGGAGCGACUGCAGCACCUGGAUCGGGAGGAGGAGCGGCAGCAAGGGCAGCAGGAGACGCAGAGCAAGGGGCCUGGGGCGCAGAUGGGCUCCUCGGGGCGGUCGAGGUGACUUGCUGACCUGCUUGCCCUGCCCCGGCAGUGGGGGGCGGGGGCGCUCGGACUCUGUCCAGCCGAGGGCCGCGACCUGCCAGCCAUCGUGCGAGCCACACCCAGCCAUACCGAAUGGAACCGGAUGCAGCCACCCUUGCCCUUAAUCCAGAGGCGAGGUCUGUAGAGACGGCAGCUCCCAGCGCAGCCUGGUUGCUCUGGAGCAGCGAGAGGGGACUGGGACUGGUAGCUCCUCCCCUGGAGGUUCCUUGCUUCGCUCCAGCCCACAUCAGUCGCCACUGCCUGACCAAGGCGAGAUGAAUCUGGGGGGCCAGGGUUCCCCCUUGCACAGUGCAGCAGUGCUGGCCAAGAGGAGCUGCUCGGCAGGGCGGGGCUGGGGCACAGUGGGAGGUGAUGAUGCGCCCUGGCUGUGGGGCUGCCCCUGCAGUCCCCGUGGCGGCAGGCGGCUGCCUGGGCUGUGGCCUGAGAUUCUCACCUGCACCCAGCGCUGUGCCAGCCCCCCAUCCACAUGCUGAGCUGGUGUCCGCACAGGCCUACCUGGCCUGGUGUCUCUGGGAUGCUGAUUCCAGCCCUGCCUGGGCACGGGCUGUGCCUCUAGCGAGGGGGAGAUGAACGCUGAGCCCCCGGAGCAGCAGUAACCUGCUGUUUAACUCCCGACGGGGGAAGGAUGGGAGGCAGAGCCGGGGCUGGGGGGCAGGAGCUGGCAGUGGCUUCGGGCUGGGUCCUGUUCUUAGCUGCUAAAUACACUUGAGAGGCCGGACGCCCCAACUA